GAAGACUUCUGUCGAUUGGUCCAUUUUCUAAAUUCGUCCAAUCGCCGUUGUGCUUUUAUUUUAGCCGGUACCCUAACAAAAUACAGCAAUGUCUGAGCGAUACAGCUUUUCUCUUACAACUUUUAGUCCCUCAGGGAAACUGGUACAAAUAGAAUAUGCAUUGGCAGCUGUAGCAGCAGGAGCACCAUCUGUAGGCAUUAAAGCAACAAAUGGAGUGGUAUUAGCUACAGAGAAGAAACAGAAAUCCAUAUUAUAUGAUGAAAACAGUAUACACAAAAUAGAAAUGAUAACUAGAAAUGUAGGCAUGGUAUACAGUGGGAUGGGACCGGAUUUCAGGGUCUUAUUAAAGGCGGCAAGGAAGUUAGCUCAGCAGUAUCAGUUGUCUUAUCAAGAACAAAUACCCACAGCACAGAUUGUACAUAAAAUAGCUAAUGUCAUGCAGGAAUACACACAAUCAGGUGGAGUACGACCAUUUGGUGUUUCACUUUUACUUGCUGGUUGGGAUGAAGAUGAGGAAAGACCAUACCUUUAUCAGUGUGACCCAUCAGGAGCUUAUUUUGCCUGGAAGGCAACUGCAAUGGGAAAGAAUUUUGUAAAUGGGAAAACAUUCUUAGAAAAAAGAUACAGUGAUAAUUUAGAACUUGAAGAUGCAAUCCACACAGCUAUUUUGACUUUGAAGGAAAGUUUUGAAGGACAAAUGACAGAGGAUAAUAUUGAAAUAGGCAUAUGUAAUAAAGAUGGAUUUAGACGUUUGACCCCACCAGAAGUCAAAGACUAUUUAGCCUCAGUUCAAUAACAACAUUAUUCAUCUCAUUAUUGUUUAAUAGAUAAAAUAAAAGUGCUACAUUU